CGAAGCAGCGAAGGUAGAAGCAAGCGGAGGGGAGAACAGGAAUAAAAAGGCUGCGGAGAGAGAAAUAGAGGAACAGCAUCGGGCGUCCCUGGAAAAGGAGGGAGAAGACACCAACAGACUGAAAAUUCAAGGAAAAGCCAUUUGCGUGUCAAAGAGAAAAACAAGCAGAAGAAACAGUGGAGAACAAGAAAGACACGCACUAAGCUGGAGUGCUAAGAAAGAAGAUAUAAAGGACCCCCCGCAAAGGGGGGACCAGCGAGAGGAACGUUCAGAGACAGACUGGCAGGAGCCAAGUGUGCUGCAGCCGCCCGCUGGCCCUGGAGAGAGGGGAGAGAAGCAAGGCGACUUGGCACCAUGUCCCAGGGCGGGUACUUCGAAGGUGAGCGGCACUACCAGGCCCUGGAAAUGGCUCCGGCCCGGCCUGGGGCCCCCGAGCUGGGCCCCCUCUGUGAAUCGGAGCUGGCUUCGUACAUUGGCGACGAGCAGCUGCUGUCGGAGUUGCUCCAAGGAGCUCAGCAGAGAGUGCCCAAGGGCUCCCCGUUCCCCAACUACUUCCCCGGGGAGCCGUACCCCUACUUGUCUUACGGAGGUGAGCGCAAGGGCCUUGUGCCCUUUGACCCGCGGUCUGUCGCCGUCAAAGAGGAGCCGCGAGGCGGGGAUGUGGGGCGGGCCGAUGGACGCCACCCCUACAGCACCAUGCAUUUUCCAGCCACCCACUGUUCCCAGGCGGCCCUCGCCCAGCCAGGAGCGCGUGCUGGACAAGCCCUGCGAGUGCUCAAGGGCCCGCCUUGCAGCCCGUCCCCAGCCUGUGGCAACCCCAAGGGGAAGAAGUCCAUGAACAAAGACAGCCUGGAGUACCGCUUGCGCCGGGAGCGGAACAACAUCGCUGUGCGCAAGAGCCGGGACAAGGCCAAGCGCCGGGUGAUGGAGACUCAGCAGCGCAUGGUGGAACUCCUGGGAGAGAACGAGCGCCUGCGCAACCGGGUGGAGCAGCUGAUGCAAGAGACAGAGACCCUCCGCGACAUUUUCCGCCAAGUGCCCGAGGCCGCUGGGCUUAUCAAGGGGCUGGGGGGCUGCAGUUGAAGACCGGGAGGCAGGGAGGCAGGGCGGGCAGGCGGGCGGCCGGCCGGCCGGAAGGAGGUGCCACCUGGAAUUCAGAGGGUGGGAUUCGGAGUGUGUAAAUAAAAGGAUCUCUCGUG